AUGGAUAAUAUCGAGAUGGUAUAUCAUGCAAUUGCGGUACUAAAUGGGUCUGACAGUGCUGCAUGUAGCAAAGCUAGCGUAUGGCUUGGCGAAUUUCAAAAAUCUAUAUAUUCAUGGUCGAUUUGUGAUCAUAUAUUAUCUGAACAUCGAGAUUCGACGGCCAGUUAUUUUGCUGCUCAAACAAUGAGGCAGAAAUUGUUGCAUUCUAUGAAGGAAUUGCCAUCUUCUUCACACUUGUCUUUGAGGAAUUCGCUAAUCAACCACUUAAGAAACUACGAAUCUUAUCCACUUGAAAGGAAUUCGGUGAUCAUAACCCAGCUUUGCUUGGCGCUCUCUGAUCUUUAUUUACAAGUGCCGGAAUGGACCAAUUUUGUCUCGGAAAUUCUAGAAAUAUUUGGAAUGCCUGACAAAACUCCUGUUUUACUUACUUUUUUGAAAACUCUGCCGGAAGAAGUGCAAAGCUCACAUCUGAGGAUUGGUGAGAAUCGACGCCGUACAGUUAAUACAGAACUGGCGCAAAAGACACAAGCAGUUAUUCAAUUUUUAAGUCAAGUUUGUGUUUUUAAUGGUAAUGACGAUGCGAUACUGAAAAGAGUUCUGAGCUGCUUCAGCUCCUGGUUGCUCAAUCCUCUAAUUCCAACUGACGAUAUCGCAACAAGCGAUCUUCUCAAAUAUGUUUUCUCACUUCUGCAGAAUCCAAAUUCACCCAAUUCACUACACGAUUCAGCCUGUGAAUGUAUUGUGUCAGCGUUAUAUCGUGCUGAGGAUACCAAUGUUAAUCGUGCUCUAGCUGUGGCUCUGCAAACUGCAUGCUAUGAGAUGGCAGAUAGCUUUUCAAUGGCUGUCGCUAACGAUGAUUUUGAUAGGUUACAAGGAUAUGCACGAGUAUUUUGUGAAUUAAGCGAAUCACUCCUAGAAUGUAUGAUCCAGGAGCCAGGACAGGGCCUUGGUGAUUUUCGAAGUAUCGAAAUGCUGCUUCUUCUGGCGGGCUAUCAUGAUUAUAAUCUAGUGGAAAUGACAUUCAAUAUCUGGUACCGGCUUUCUGAAUAUCUCUAUGAAAGGAAUGACGAUGAGUUGAAUGCUCAGUUCAAACCAUACAUCGAAAGGUAUAUCAUGGCACUCUACAAGCAUUGUCGCUUUGAUACUGAUCAGGAAGACAUUCCUGAUGAAAAUGAUGAUUUCGUUGAAUUUCGAGGUCAAGUGUCCGACACACUCAAGGAUGUUGUAUUCAUCGUUGGAACUGAUCGGUGCAUUCAAAGCAUGUUCUCAAUACUGCAGUCGGUUUCAUCAGGCUCUUGGGACGAAUCGGAAGCUGCUUUAUAUAUCAUUUCAGUGAUCGUACAUAACGUUCUUCCCACGGAAGAAACAGUGGUUCCUCUUUUGGUUCAUGCUGUACUGGUUAUGCCCGUUAUUUCCCACCCCAUACUGACUAAUACCUCUAUUAAAUUGCUUGGAAAUUUGAUUGAUUGGUUGCAAGAAAAUAAACAAUAUCAAGGAAGAUUUAAUUUAGAGCCAUGCGUUACUUGGUUACUGGAUAAGGUGCAGAAACCGUGCUUUGUUCGGGCUGCUUCCGAGUCUCUUUAUGGUAUCUGUGAAAAAUGCGAAAAUAAUUGUUUGGAACACUUUGAUUCUAUAUUUGCUAUCAUUCCACUGCUAGAAAGUGGCGAGAACAAAGGACAGCAGCUAGAAAAUUCCAUUCUCUUACUUCUGCAAGCUUGCUCUUCAAUGCUGAACGGUUUGCCAGGGGAGGAAACUGCAACUCGAUUAAAGCGCUUAAUUGAACCACAAAUGACACGUUUGGCUGCACUACUUAAAUCAAAGACGAAUAUAUCACCUAGCGAACCACAAGACAGCAACGAAAAUGCGUCAGAUUCAUGGUAUCUUCUGAGCCGUGAUCCAGUUUUAUGGGUGGAUAGAAUAGCUGCAAUCUUUCGGCAUGUUCAGCCCUGGACGCAUCAGGCAUGCAAUCCAAAAAAUAAUGUCCAAAAUGGAAGUUUUACAAAUACAAACGAUGAUGUUCCGGCAUUGUGGAUUGCAACGGUGAAAGAAGUCUGGCCAUUUGUUUUGGAAACUUGCAGAAAAUAUGAAAAGAAUACUCGAGUCGUUGAGCAUUGUUGUCGUGCAAUACGAUUCAUGAUACGCUUUCUUGAAGUCCAUUCGAUUACCUUUAUUGAAUCCCUCGUCGAGCAGAUGAUUGAUAUAUAUAAUCGCCACCCUCAUUCAUGCUUCCUGUAUUUGGCCAGUAUUUUGGUUGACGAGUACGGUCAUUUGGAUAACUGUCGUUCUGGAUUAGUUCAUAUGCUCAAUAUUUUAUGCAAUGAUUCGUUCAAACUGCUGCAAGAACAAAAUGGUUUCCGCAAUCACCCGGAUACAAUCGAUGAUAUGUUUAGAUUGGCUAUUAGGUUCGUACAGCGUGCGCCGUCAGUAUUUUUCCAAGAACCAAUGAGUGCGCAGUUAUUUGAAUGUGGACUUGUUGGUUUAGACGUUGAUCAUGUUGAUGCGAACAGAUCAGUUACCAAAUUUUUUUCGGAAUGUGUUACAUCGUUACUUAUUGCAAGAAAAUCCAAUUAUCGAGAUGCAGGUGUAGAAGGAGCUGAACAACUGUUUGUAAAAUACGGCGAAAGAUUGAUUAGCGGUUCUCUUCAAGCGGCAGUAUUUAGCGUGUCGGGUACUUUAAAGCGUGAUAUGGCCGAAAUUAUUUAUUUAAUUGGUAAACUGUCGGAAGAGCAAUUAUCUGUCUGGUUGAAAGCAACACUGGAAAAAUUUCCUCAUAAUGAGGGUCUUUGUGCGACAGGAGAACAACUAGAAUGGUUCCACAAAAAUGUGCUGGAAUCAACUGACUUGCGACAAGUAUAUGCUCAGAUUCGCGAUUUAAUUCGGCUCUAUGUAUGA